CCCUCCCCCGCACACGGACGCGAUGUGAGUGAACGAGACGCGGUGGGGUGGCUACGGGACGUGGUGGUGGUGGUGGCUGCCUCGCGUGUUUCACAGCGAAGCCUCCUCCUCGCCGCCGCUGCCGGGAUCCCCGAGGGGUUCGCCGCCUACGAGGGGACGUCGCUCGAGGAUUGCGGUGCUUGCCUCGAGACUCGUUGAGCCACACUAAAGCAAGUGACUCCAGCCAUGGCGGCUGCUGCUCCCGGGUCAGGGGACAUCAUUCAGCUCAACGUGGGGGGCACCAGGUUCAGCACUUCCAGACAGACGCUCACCUGGGUCCCUGACUCCUUCUUCUCCAGCCUCCUAAGUGGAAGAAUCUCAACGCUGAGGGAUGAAACUGGAGCUAUCUUCAUUGAUCGAGACCCCAUGGCUUUUGUGCCAAUCCUCAACUUCCUGCGCACCAAGGAGCUGGACCUGAGGGGCGUUGGCAUCAGCGUUUUGAGGCACGAGGCGGAAUUUUACGGCAUCACCCCACUGGUGCGGAGGCUGCAGCUGUGCGAGGAGCUGGAGAGGUCAUCCUGUGGGAACGUCCUCUUCCACGGCUACCUCCCCACGCCCGUCUUCCCCAGUCACUGCGCGAGCAACCUGUCGCGGGAGACGUCCAUGCCUGCGCUGGGGAUGCCGGCACCCACCAGAACCUGGGAUCACUGCUCCACCCGGGCGCCGCCCGCAGGCGCGGUGGCCCAGCGGACGUCGCCCCCUGGCGCCGCGGGCAUGGACGCGUGCGAGGCAGCCGUGAGCUCGCUGCUGGAUCCGCGCAGGGUCCUCAUUGUGUGCGGCCACCACAACUGGAUCGCGGUGGCGUACGCACAUGCCGUUGUCUGCUACAGAGUGAAGGAGUCAUCGGGCUGGCAGCAGGUGUUCAGCAGCCCCUAUCUGGAGUGGACGGUGGAGCGCGUCGCCCUCAAUGCAAAGGUGGUGGGCGCCCCGCUCGGCGACAAGGACAAGAUGGUGGCCGUAGCCGGAGGGCACAAGAUCGUGCUGUGGAGCAUCCAGGACGGCAGCAGCGGCAACGAGAUCGGAGUGUUCAGCCUCGGCGUGUCUGUGGACGCUCUCUUCUUCAUCGGCAAUCAGCUGGUGGCCACCAGCCACACGGGGAAGGUGGGCGUGUGGAACGCCGUCACGCAGCACUGGCAGGUGCAGGACGUGGUUCCCGUGACGAGCCACGACACGGCCGGCUCCUUCCUCCUGCUCGGCUGCAACAAUGGCUCCAUCUACUAUAUCGGUCAGAGCCCUGGCAGCCACGCGGGGCUGCACUGGAGCCCUGUUAGCACUCUCCGCAGCGACCCUGUUAAGUUGGCGGGUCUGUGUAUUCAAAAACCGUCCUUAGCGUUCAUUCUCGUUUUUCCUGCAGAUAUGCAGAAGUUCCCGCUGCGCAUGAAGGACAACGACCUUCUGGUAACGGAGCUCUACCACGACCCGUCCAACGACGCCAUCACCGCGCUCAGCGUCUACCUCACCCCGAAAACGAGCGUGAGCGGGAACUGGAUCGAGAUCUCGUACGGGACGAGCUCGGGCGCCGUGCGCGUCAUCGUACAGCACCCGGAGACCGUGGGCUCGGGCCCACAGCUCUUUCAGACGUUCACGGUGCACCGCAGCCCCAUCAUCAAGACAAUGCUCUCCGAGAAGCACCUCGUGUCGGUCUGCGCCGACAACAACCACGUCCGCACGUGGACUGUGACACGGUUCCGAGGUAUGAUCUCCACGCAGCCCGGAUCCACGCCGCUCGCGUCCUUCAAGAUCCUCGCGCUCGAGGAGGGAGGGAGCAGUAGCCUCUGCUACGGCGCCGGCAACGACAUCGGCCCCUACGGCGAGCGUGACGACCAGCAGGUGUUCAUCCAGAAGGUGGUGCCCGUCACGGACCAGCUGCUCGUGCGCCUCUCCUCCACGGGGCGGCGGAUCUGCGAGAUCCGCUCGGUGGACGCCACCACCAUAACGUGCUUCACUGUGCACGAGUGCGAGGGCUCAAGCCGCAUGGGCUCGCGCCCUCGCCGCUACCUCUUCACGGGCCACGCCAACGGCAGCAUCCAGAUGUGGGACCUCACCACCGCCAUGGAGGUGGCCAGCCGCACCGAGGAGCAUGACGAGGUUGGCAGCCCCUCCGAAGUGGAGCUGCUGCGGCUGCUUGACCAGUGCGACCUGAGCGCGUCGCGCUGCGCCACCCCCAACGUGAGCCCCGCGUCCUCGCUCGUGCAGCCCACCCGCCUGCGUGCCUCCACGUCAAGCCUCCAGCUGCAGCCCAGCGACGCGUUCCGCGACCGCUUCUACAGCGACCGCCUCUGGAGCACGGCUGACUGCAGCCCGUACGGCAGCUUACGCGCCACGCGCGACAGUCCACUCACGACCCGUGCCAGACGCACUGAGAGCUUCCACAGCACUCGCGACUUCUCCACCGCCGACUGCCCGAGCCGCCCGGUCAGCGGAGAGCAGCACCUACCUCUACGCCACACGCUGCAGCAGCACCAGCAGCAGCAGCAGCUGCCGCAGCAGCAACAGCAGCAACAGAACCAGCACCCUCACCGCGACGGCGGUGGUGGGGGCAUGAUGGUGAGGUUUGGCGCCGAAGGUGGAGUCGGUGGGCCGAGGCUGCGGCUCGCGCAAGACGUUGCCGGCAGUAGGGAGUUCUCGCCGAGCGAUGUCAAUGGUGCCGGCGGCGGUGGACGGCACGGCUCGGCGGCGCUCCCUGCCCCGGACGGUAGCGACGGCAGGGCCAAGCAGACCAAGCGCCUGGCGCUCUCUGGCACCUCUGGCGCGACGCCGGGCUCUGCCGCGGCGAGGUGUUACUAUGACGGCGGCCACGAUGCGAGGCUACCGCAGCGGCCGGGUGGCCUCGGGGGACCGACGGCGCAGGAGGGCCGCGCGGCAUGCACUGCCGCUGCCGCCACCGCUGGCGGUGCGCGAGCCGGAACGACUGCGCCGGACGUCGGGGGGUUAGGCUCGGCGCCAAGAGGGGCGGCCACCGACGAGGGCAAGCAGCGGCACGCCGGCGAGGGGAGUCCCCUGAAGUCGCCUGACGUGAAGAAGAGAGGUGAGGAGGAGGACUGCGAUUCGGGCAUCGGUGUCAGAAAGAAGGUCCCAUUCGAGGGUGUCCUGUCACGGCGGAAAAACGCGCCAGCGAGCGCGACGGCCACAUCGCCGCCUCCCUCGUCCCCGCCGCCGCCGCCACCACCGCCACCGCUGCCGCCCCCUCCUCCAUCGUCGGCAUCGUCCCCACCCUGUACUGGGGCAGCAAAGAGCGCGGGGGAUGGAGCUGGGUAUCCUUCUCCGCCACUGACACCACAACAGCAGCAGCAGGCGCAGAGGCAGAAGCGUGGAGAGGUGGCCUGUCAUGAGUACACUGUGUGAGCUGCGGUUAAUGCGUGCAUUUACACAGAGUGAAAACUGCACACUGCAAAAAAAAUAGUUUAAAUAAAUGCUCCGUUACUUUCUCUGCUUUCCCACCCCGAUUUGCUGGCCUUAUUCAUGUGUGUAGUGUUGUCCUAACAGCCUGGAAAGGCAGGGUUGGUGGGUCGUGAUGAGAUAUAUAAUCACGUCCAUCGGACAACCCUGCUAUGGGGAUAUGAGGUGGCCAGCGGGAGGCAGUGCAGCAAGUAGGCUGCUGUCCUAUUUGUAUAUACAAUUGAGUGUUCUCUCUCCCCAUGCGUGGAGUUUUCUCCAGGUGUACUGUACUCUGGUUAACUCUCACUUGUAAAAAAUACAUAUCAAGCAGCAUCUGCUUGAAUACAAGUAUUGAGUCUCAGAUGGGGAUUUCCGAAGAAAUUACUUUUGAGAUUCGACACACUCGAGACUGCAUGCGACGUCUCAUAGCAGCUCAGCUCUGUUUUGAGCUGCUGCCCACACUAGUCAAAAAAGUGGGGGGUAGUCACGACGGGCUCACUGUUUAUUUAACGUUAUUUUCAUCACGGUCCGUUUACAUUUGUUGUUUAGCAAUGCAGAAUUUGUCUCCACGAACCCCUGCACAGGUUACUAACAAAGUAUGUUUACCCUAUUCUUUGGGUCUUUCGGUAAAGUCACGUAGAUAGGUUCAAAUUAAAUAGCAAAAAAUAACCAAAAACUACGACGUUUCGAUCGCAACACAACCGUUCGUCAUCUUUGAACCUAUCUACGUGACUUUACCGAAAGACCCAAAGAAUAUGAAUUCCUGCAGUCACGAAAGCUUUAAGUCAAGAUUUAUGUUUACCCUCUUUAGAUAUACCAGAAUGUGCCAGGAAGGCAUUGUAGAUGUAAUGUUCAAGAUAUGGUUGUGAUGGGUGGGACACGUACAGGAUGGAGGAGGGCAGGUUACCAAGACAGGCAUUGGGAGUGUGAAGCUAUCGAACAUUCCAAAUUGGUAGCUUUUCAGGACAAGUCCCAGUUGCAGAAGAGCUGUCCCGGUUGUCCCGAAGAGUUUCUGGAAAUCGGGAUUCAUUCCCAGUUUAAUAUUUUCUGGCCUCCUCCUUGACUUAUAAGGACAAUGCCCGAGUAGUGGGCAUGGUUGGCAGAGGAGUAGAUGGACAAUGUUAUGAAGAGCAAAUCCACACUCUGUGGGCAGGGCCAGUGGUUGAGUAGGCGUGGUUAUGUAAAAGCAGGCGGGGGCUGCCAACUCGCCAUGUAUCCUGGGGUGCAUUCAAAUGGUCGAGAGCUUUUCCGUAAUGCCACGUGAUGGAAGUUGGUGGUUCGUGCUUAUUUGAACGGUGCGUUAGGACGGCGAGCACCUCGCAAUGACAAGUGACGUCACGCACCUGCUCCGCCAAUGGGCGCACACACGUUGUGUUCGUGAACCCAGAGUUCGAACGUACGGUGCCUCCGAUUGGCUGGAUUUUGACAUGCCGACCCUUAUGCUUAGCCUUGCAGCUCCUCAGACCGUUAGCUUCCCGUUGUGAUGCGCUGUGGGCUAACAGGUCGUUCAAUAGAAAAGCACUUUGGAGCUCUGUUGAAUGCGCGCACACCCCCUUAUUGAGCCUCGCAGAAAUAUUUGUGAAAUUUAAUUGUAGUGGCACCCAAAGGAAACCGACCAAUGGGGGGAAGCGGUAAAAUCAGAGACUCAUCGCCUCC